AUGGAAAUGUCCCGCAACACGAGCGAUUCCACCAUCUUUCUUGUUGGUGCCGCCGCAUCCUUGGCUUUAAGCUGUCUGACCUUCUACCUCCAAAAAGACACUGGACCCCAAUUCGAGAAAGCUGAUUGCUUUGAGAAGCUUCCAGCGGAGCUCAAGUUCGAAGUAUUCGAGCAACUCGACUCAAUGUGCGAUGUAGCAUCACUCGCCGCGGCUUCUCCGUCAGUACGAGCUUGCUACCGAGCGAACCAAGACCAGAUCCCCGGACACAAUGUUUCUUACAUCCGAGAGAUAUUCUAUAAUGAUGAGCUUAUCCCUCUGGCUUUGCUGGUUGCGAGGAUGCGACGUCGGUUGAAAAGGCGCCAGAACAUACAUCAAGUGGUCGGACUUCUGGAACACUAUGUUCAUGGAGGCAAGUCUAAACUGUUUCGGCGGAAGUUUGACAACUGGGAGGAGAACCUCGCACAGAUCCAAGAUCUCGUCAAUAUGAGCACAGAGAUUCUAAAUCUUUGUCCGCGGUCUUCCUAUGGGCCAUCAACAGCAUUUUACAAGCCACUUCUAUCCAAGCUGUGGCACCACAGAUUCGUGGAAACCUAUCUGCGCGAUGAGAUCAGUAACACCAUGAAGCGCUAUGGCGACAGCAUAAUGCUUCCGCCUCAAGAAAAUCUUAAUCCUGAGCUAUACGUGUUCUUGUUCACGCGCAACUAUGUGAGAAGCAGACUGCCUGACAAUUAUACUGCUGAUAUAGUAGACCUGAAUGUCGCUCUCGGUCGUCUUGAUGCUGUAACCUUCCAAGAGAUAGGUUUUAGUAUAUGCGAUCCCUUGGACGGCCUGGGGAUGUCAAGGAACAGGAAGCAAGAGAUACAAAGUUGGAGAGAUGGGCGAAAGGAAGCCUGGAAGGAGGAGGAUGAGAAGGCUGAGAAUGGGCAAUUGGUGGUUUAUGACGGCUUCGGGCGGCUCCUCUCGGCCUAUGAAGUUGCGAAAAUGGAUCAAACUACCGGCCGGUAG